AUGGCGGAACCCAGUGGUGGAGGCAGCAAUGGCAAUGCCGGCGAGGAGGGAAAUCGGCCACGGGGUAGUGUCGAGACUCCGGAGUCUCGAAUCGACGAUCAAGCGACUGCCGAACCUUCAUCGAGUGUCAGUGCAGUGGUUGCAGGCAGCGGCGGCGACAGUGGUGGCCAUGCAGCGGCGGUGACUGGUGGCGAUGAGGGGCGUACACCAGGAGGGAUACGGCGUACGCCAGGCUCCGUUGUGAUAGUGUGUCCACGGGUUCGUCGUUUAGAUGCUAGGAGCGGUAUAGAAGGCUUGGUGGUGACAGGCCUGGGCUCGGCUGGGGUCAGGGGCGAUGGCCGUGGUGGUGACGGAGGCCGGCCGGAGGCACCGGUGAAAGAUCCGGCGAGGGGCAAAGGUCCCAUGGUUGAGGAGGGUGUAUCUGGAGGGGCACCCGUGGAAGGGGUUGAGUUUCGGCCAGACGUGGGGUCCUCGGCGCAUGUCCCCAUUUCUCGGGGAUUUUGCCGAGUUCGUGUCGGAGGAGGAGCUUGGCCGUUUGCUCCGGGAGAAUCCGGGGGUAGUGGCUGCAGUACUGGCAGCACGAGAGGACAGGCUUCGGGAGGUUGA